UAGGGUUUCCUCAAUAAGCCUGUUCUGCGCCUCCGCGAACUUGAAAGAGAAAAACUGAAGGAUUGUUGUACCCACAUGUUAUCUUAAUUGUUAGUGUGCCUGAUUGGGCAUGCCAACUAUUGAGAUGACAUCUAGGUUUGGCGAUACAUUAAUUAGUUGAAGUAAGAGCACUGUGGCACCAUUAAAUAGAAGUUUAUGUGCUUGGCACAACUAGUGUCCUUACUCUGAACAGUAAAGACUGAACAUGUCAAGUGCCUUGGCGAAUGGACUGGCUGGAGCUGGUGGAGGCAUAAUUGCACAAGUAAGUACUUACCCCCUCCAAAUUGUGAAUACCCGGCAGCAAACGGAGCGGGUCGCGAAAAAGGGCCGGGAUUCUCGGGGAAGUGCCCUUUUUCAAAUUUUGCAGGUGGUUAGAAAUGAAGGUUUGUUGGGGCUUUACAGCGGCCUGAAGCCUUCUCUGCUUGGAACCACUGUGUCACAGGGUGUGUACUACUAUUUUUACCAGGUUUUCAAGAACAAGGCUGAGGCAAUAGCAUCUGCAAAUAAGAAAAAAGGCCGAGGGGAUGGCUCUGUUGGGGUGUUCUCUUGGCUUGUUGUGGCAGCUCUUGCUGGAUCACUAAAUGUAUUGCUGACAAACCCUAUAUGGAUUCUUGUUACUCGUAUGCAGACUCAUACACAAGCAGAAAGGAAAAUUUUGGAGGCAAAGAGGCAAUCCCUUUUAAAGGAAGCUUCUGAAAAUCACUUCACUGCUGCUUCAUUGGAGGCAAAACUGUCCGAGCUUGAUUCAUCGAAACCUCAUCCCUACGGAACAUUCCAAGCAGCACGUGAGAUUUAUGAUGAAUCCGGAGUUAUUGGAUUUUGGAAAGGAGUCAUCCCAGCAUUGAUCAUGGUGUCCAAUCCCUCGAUUCAGUUCAUGAUUUAUGAGAGUUUGUCAAAGCAGUUAAGGACUAAGCGCGCUGCAAAGAAGAAAUAUGUACAAAAUAUAACUGCUUGGGAGGUUUUUGUAAUCGGAGCCUUUGCUAAACUAGGAGCAACUGUUUCGACAUAUCCAUUGUUGGUUGUGAAGUCUAGGCUUCAAGCCAAGCAGGAGAUUGGUGGAAAUAUCUCGUUAAGAUAUUCAGGUACAGCGGAUGCUGUUAUUAAGAUGAUUUGUCAUGAAGGAUUCAGAAGCUUCUAUCAGGGAAUGCGCACAAAGAUAGUACAGAGCGUCUUUGCUGCCUCUGUACUUUUCAUGGUGAAGGAAGAGCUUGUGAAAUUGUAUGCAGUUCUGGCUAACAGAAGUUAAUAUUUAGUUUGCAGUGAAUAGUAGAUGUCUAUGUAAAUCUCUUUGCUGCAUAAUUGUAAAUGAUUGUACUGUAUUCAAGUUACAAAGGUUUCUUUCUUUUUCUCCUAAUUCAUUCCCUCCAUGGAAAUUCAAAUUGGAAGUUCCAUUGGGGGUUUGUUGAUCACCAAAUAAAUUAUCUGUGACUUAUGGAGAAGAUCUAAUAUAUUCUCUAAAAAACAUUGUUCAGAUCACUUCUCUUGAGAAAGCGCCUGGAGAUGAAAGAUAGCUCGUGCUCAAGAGUAACCCUUGUCAUUCUUGAUGAUAUUUGGACAAUUGUUCAUGGUUUGACUUAAAAUUGUGCCUCUUGUGUUGCUAACAACAGUAAUAGAACUUUUAUGACUACUUGGUUAGGUGAAGUUGCCAGAUAUGCCAAGUUUGUUAGCGGUCUUCAACUUCUCUAUUUGUUUAAUGAUGAGCAAAGUUGGAUGCUAUCAAAGAAAAAGGUUUUGAAUAAAGAAACUGUACUCAAGACCUAACAAAUGUUGGGCAAGAGCUAGCAAGAAAGUGUAGAGGCUUACUUCUUUCAUUGGUUUUGGUAGCAAGUAUUUUUGCGAACAACUUUUGAACAAGUGGGAGCAAAUUUAGGUCCUUGAUUCCAAAGUUCUCCCAAGGAUGUAAUACAUCUUAGUUAUAGUAAGAAGUAAUGCUGUCAUCUGAAUUCAUGCUUUCUAUAUUUUGGAGGAUAUUCAGAAUAUUGUGGAAUGAGCUUCACAACAAAUACUAGAGGAGAAUGGUUCUAAAGUAGAGGCUAGUGGUUCAAAUCAUGUAUUAAGCCUACCAUUUUUUCUAUCUGUUCUUUUUAUUAUUAGUAAAUGGAAGAACCUUUUAAUAGCGGCAAGCAAGCUGUGUAACUUUCUUCUUU